GUGUUUGGGUAUUUGAGCGGGAUCAUCGAGACGAUCACCACGGCGAUGCGGUAUGAGCCGUCGAACGCCAAGCAUUUCCAGACGGAGAUCAGGUGGACGGCGCUGACCGAUGCGCUGCGACUGAUCGGCUGCUUUUCCGGCACGCGCGUGCUCCCGAAAAUCCUGGACAAUCCCGAGCAAAAGAGCGGCGAUGAUGGGGAUUUUGGCGCGACGUUCUUCCAUCCGGAGACGGUGGCUUUUGGGGCGGACGCGCUGCACUGCGCCUGUUUAGUCUUCCGCUGUUUGUACUUGAUGGCCCUGGACGGCUACCGGCACGGCUGGGCCGACAACUUCGAGGCGCUCCUCAGCGACGCCGCCAUCGUGCACGCCGGCGCCGUCCUCGUCAUCCUCGAUCUCCUCCCCUCCCUCACUCCCCAACAUUCCAAUUGGAUGUCGUUGUUGGUGUUCGUGUCGGAGCUGCUGAAAUCGCUGGUGCGGCACGAGCGCAACCAGCAGUUGAUGUGCGAGGCCGGGAUGGUGCAGGAUCUCUUAUCCGUCUGCGAAGCGGCCCUGGCGGAUGAGGAGCACCCCCUGAACCCUUUUAUGCAGUACAUCCUCGAGCGGUUGGCGGCGCAGAGUCUGCGUCCGCGCGAACUACGGAAUCUGUUGCGGCUGCGCUUCGUGCAAUCCGGCUGUCAGCUGCCGUUGUCGCGCAUCAAGACCCUCGUGUCGAUGAUCAGUCUGCGCGACCGCGAGAGCACCAUGCCGCCGGCCUUCGUCGAGUUCGACCUGAGUUACGAGGGCUUCGGGGGGCUCUACCUGCCCUCUAUCGCGCCGCAGAGCCCGCCCACCUUCGCGCUGCACGGCAGUCUCGCCGCCAGCGAACCCGCAGGCAUCGUCGGCGGCAUCGGCAGCGGUCUGCGCGUGUUCCCGCCGGCGGGCGGCCUGAGCCUGGUGACGUGGUUCUGCGUGGACAGUUGGGCGGCCGGCGAGAGCAUCCGGCUGCUGGACGUGACGCGCCAUCUGGCCAAGCCGGCCGACAACCUCACCUGCCUCUCCGUGCACUUGAUCCAGCCCGGCAACAGCAGCGGCAACGGCGGCGGCGGCAUCAAGCUGCUGGUGUCGACGCGCGAGCACAACAGCGCCGAGAACCCCGAGGCGGAGGCCGGCGGCGACACCGUGCUGGCCGACGUCGGCGUGCUGAGGGAGCAGGAGGGCCACUGGCACUGCAUCGUCGUUGCACUGGGCAAGACACUAGUGAAAUCGGGAUAUUGCAACAUCUACCUGGACAGCCGUAAUCUGGGCCAGUUCAAACUAGCCUACAUCCCGCAGAAUCCGGGCGGCGGCGCGGCCCAUUUGGCCACAGCGGCGUCCAUUUCCGGCACGGUGGGCACCCAGCCCAUCCAGCGCAAAGCCUGCAAACUGCGCUGGCGCCUGGCCAACAUGUUCCUGUUGGAAGAGGCGCUCAACCAGGCGCAGGUGAGCCUGUUAUCCUCGCUGGGCCCCGGCUACCACGGCAACUUCCAGGACCCGCAGUGCGCCGCUUUAAAUCUCCCCGACGACAAGGUGCUCCUCGGACUGAAUCCCUUAAUGGUCACCGAGAUGUCCGUGGCCCGCAUAAGGAAAAUCUACAAUAAAGACGACAGCAAGUCCAUCGCCCGGCAUCUGGCGCUGUCCUCGCACGACGCCAGCACGCCCGUCAAGUUGAUCCACAAUUCAGCGGCGCAUCUGCGCGGGACCGCCCGCGGCAUCGGCUCCGCCGUGGUCGGCUAUCUCGGGGUGCGGCUCUUUUCCCCGCGCCCGGCGCACCAGGCGCUGCUUCCCAUCGGCGGGAUUUGGCCGCUCCUCGGGAUGGUGGGCAUGGCCAACGACACGGAGUACGUGUACGCGGCGAUGAAGUGCUUGUUCUGCGCCAUCCGCACCAACAGCUUCCUGCGCGAUCAGAUGGUCAGCGCCGGCGGCUUCCAGUUCGUGGGGAUGAUGCUGAAGCGGAAGAAGGAGUGCCUGAACGGACACGUGCUGCACCUGGCCUUCUCCAUGAUGGCCGUCACCGGCCAACACACGCCCCACGCCGCCGCCAUGCUGCCGGCCACUGCCACGGCGGCCGGGACGCAGCCGGGCGCCGAGCGCGAGGUUGCUGCCCGCGAGAAUCUCGGCGAUCGCAAGGCCCUCGAGGAUCUCCUCUCCGACAUCCAGUUGUGGCAGUCUUGCAACGCGGAGCUGCAGCGCUCGCUCCUGGAGCAUUUCGUGGAAAUGUGCAAAGAGGGCAACUCCAGCGCGAAACUGCUAUGCGAAAGCGGCCUAAUCCGCAAGGUCUUCCAGUUCCUGCUCAUCUCCGCCGGCAACGACGCCCUGGACCCGCAGGUCCUCCAGACCGCCGGCGAGCUCCUCCGUCUCUUGCUAAAGAGCUCCGGGAAGAGCAACAGCGACGUGUUAUCCUUCGCGCAGUACCUCAUCUGCAGCAUCCCCUCCACGGCCGAGUCCCGCCUCACCCCCGCCGUCGCCAUCCGCAACACGGGCCUCACCAUCAUGCGGCACCUCUCCGAGACCUACGCCGACCUGGUCUCGGCCUUUCUCGGCUUCGACUGGCUCCUGUCCUUCCUGCACCCGCCCUCCACUCCACUCCUCGUCCUGGUCCUGGAGACCCUCACGGACCUCUUACUCACCCACCCGGCCAACCUGGCCACCUUCCGGGACGGCCGGCACUUCGGGUCGUGGCUGCGGGACCCGGCGCCGCGCCGCCACCGCUCCGAGGCGCACCGCCUCAUCCCCAGCCACCAGUCCAGCCUCCAGCCCAACCUGGAGCUGGUGGCGGUGUCCGGGUGGACGGCGCUGCAGCUGCUGCUCCCGGAGGUGGCGCGGCUGAGUGUCGCCUGGAUGAACGUGCUCGGGCUCUUCGUCGGGCGCCGCGCCGACGUCCGCGAGGACCCCGAGGUGGCGCUGACGCUGGACAGUGUGUGGUGGAACCUCUUCCAGACCAGUCCGGGGAUGGCCAUCAAGCUGAAGGACUGCCACAUCGUCUGCCCGGAAGCGGUCUACGUCCUGCUGUCCAUGGUGCGCGGAUGCAUCGAGCAAGGGAGUUCCGACAACGCCAACUGUGUCCUGCAAGUGCUGAUCUAUAUGUACCAUAAUUGGACGGGAUUCUCGCUGUUCGCCGCCACGCCCGAGUUUGUCGGGGCGCUGGCCGGGUGUCUCUUCACCGCGAAUGAAGAGGAUCCGCUCUUUAUUAACAAAGCGUCCAAUUCGCGCCGGUUGCUUCUCGAUCUGCUGCGGAUGCUCGUCACGGAUUCGCUGGCGUUGCCGGCGGAAAAAUGUCAAUUAAUCACGGAAUCUUGGCUGGAGGCGGCGCCGGACACCUGCAAAGCCUCCCAGGUCAACGCCUACCAGACGGAGAUGGCCGCGGUGCUGAUGGAACACCUCCUGGCCCUCAACGUCCUGGUGGACACCUCCGGAUGUGGUCCACCCUCCGGCCACCGCCACCACGUCCCGCCCAACAUCUUCCAACUGGCGCAGCGCCUCGUCGACAAACUGUGGAAGGGCGCCCUCCCCAAACUGGACAUGCCCAUCCUGGACUUCCUCCUCCAACUGUUGACCGCCGGCGUCCGGGACGCCCCCUCCCGCAUCCCGGCGGGCGUCCUGGACGCCGGGUUCGCCGCGCUGGACCGCCUGCUCAUCUGGCAGAUCGCCCGGCCCACCGACACCGUUACCAACCAGAUGGCCGUCCUGGACGCUCUCCACAAACUGGUCGACCACCGCGGGCUGAUCUUCCACCCGGGGAACCAGGACCCGGGGUUCCUGGGGGCGUUGGCGUACUGCCUGAGCCUGAUUGUGGACCGGGUGCCCAUCAGCAUCGAAUCUGGGACGGGGAGCACCUGGCACGCGUACCCGGAGAGCGGCGGCGCCGUGGCGGAGGGCUGGGGGCUCCUGGAGUCCGCCGCGGGGUCCCUGUGGGGCGUGGUGGUGGAGUCGCGGGGCGGGGCGUUGCGGGAGAUGCUGCGGCCGCCCCGGGGGGUGCUAGAGAGCGACCUCCGGGACGUCAAGGAGUUCGUGCGGGAGGUCACCGCGAAGUAUUGGUCGGCGUUCCUCGACGCCGGGGAGCGGCGCAGUCAGCCGGCGCCGACGCCCGCCCCGGGCGGCGGGGUGGGCAUGAACAUGGCGGCGGUGAAGAAGGCGCUCCCGAGCUCCUUAGUGCGCGCGUACACCAUCCGGCAGAAGGCGCUGCUGAAGCAGGCGACCCUCCCGCCGGCCAAGAUCAGUCCGGCGCUGUUCCUGCACCAACUGCGCCUGCACUGCCUGCUGGUCAGCCAGUACGUCGCCGAGCAGCUGAGCCAUUUGCAGCGCGCGCAGAGCAGUCUGAACCGGCUGGUGGAGGACGAGUGGGCGCAGUGCGAGAGCGAGCAACUGUUAAGGGAGCGGGCGCUGUGGGGGCCCGAGGAGCCCUGGAGACUGGCCAAGUGGAUGCUGGACAGCAGCGAGGGGCCCAUGCGCGUCAGGAAGAAGCUGGUCGACAACGCCGACUUCUUCACGCACUACGCCUACCGCGAGAUAAUAGCCCCCGGGGGCGAGACGGAAGGCGGCAAGCAGAAGGUGCGCUACCCGGUCAGCUGGGACUCCAAAGCGUAUUUCGAGGAAGAACAAGCCGGUGGUCGCGUUAAAACUCUCCUGCGAACCACCACGAAAAAGUCGGAGCAAAGCGACGGCGCUGCGAUGGAGACGCCCAACGGCGCCACAGACGAGGACGCUACCGCGCUAGACGACAUGGAGGAAGAGCAGGAAAAGGGCGAGGAGGAGGAGGAAGAGGAGGGCUCGGACGACACGGUGAUCCGGCGUCUGAUGGAGGAGGGCGACACCAUUAAUUACGCAUUUCGUUGCGCUCGUGUCGAGGGCCUGGACGCCUACGAAGGCCUGAUGCUGCUCGGUAGAGAGCAUUUUUAUCUAAUCGACGGGUUCACGCUCCUCUCCACGCGCGAGAUCCGCGACAUCGAGUCCAUCCCCGUGGCGCAGCGGGAGCCCGUCCUCCCCUCCGUCAUCGUGGGGAAACGCCGGCGACAGAAAUUCCAUUACGAGGAGAUUCGGGAGGUGCUGCGGCGGCGUUAUUUGCUGCAGCAGAUCGGCGUGGAGAUUUUCUGCACGAAUGGGCGCACCAAUUUCCUGGCCUUCCCGCGGCACACCAUCGAGCGGGUCUUUGCGCGGUUAAUCGCGUUGGCGCCCAAUUUGACCGACUCGGCGUCGGCGUCCGUCGCCGGCCAGAAACGCAGCGCUCAGGUGGAGCCGCACUCCGGACUGCUGUGGAGCCUGAUGGGCGACACGUCGGUGACGCAGCGGUGGGUGCGCGGGGAGAUCAGCAACUUCCAGUACCUCAUGUUCCUCAACACGCUGGCCGGCCGCAGCUACAACGACCUGAUGCAGUACCCGGUCUUCCCCUGGAUCCUGGCCGACUACGACAGCCCCGUGCUGGACCUGCAGCAGCCCGCCACCUUCCGUGACCUUUCCAAGCCCAUGGGCGCGCAGACGGACGAGCGGCUGUCCAACUACGUCAAGCGCUACAAGGAGUGGGAUCCCCACACCAAGGACACGCCCUUCUUCUACGGCACGCACUACUCCACCGCCAUGAUCGUCGCCAGUUAUUUGCUGAGACUCGAGCCCUUCGCGCAGUAUUUUCUGCAUCUACAGGGCGGAAAUUUCGAUUUGGCGGACCGGAUGUUCCAUUCGGUGGGGGACGCGUGGCUGUCGGCAGCCAAGAACAACAUGGCCGACGUGAAGGAGUUGAUCCCCGAGUUCUUCUAUUUACCGGACUUUUUGCUGAACGCCAACCGGUUCGAUCUGGGCGUGAAGCAGAGCGGCGUGCAGCUGGACGACGUGGUGUUGCCUGCAUGGGCGCGCGGCGACGCCCGCGAGUUCAUCCGCGUCCACCGCGAGGCGCUGGAGUGCGACUACGUCUCCGCGCACCUCCACGAGUGGAUCGACCUCAUCUUCGGCUACAAACAACAAGGCCCGGCGGCGGUGGAGGCCAAGAACCUGUUCCACGGGUGGAUGUACGAGGGCGCGGUGGACCUGGACAACAUGAGCGAUCCGCUGGAGAAGCAGGCCUUCAUCGCCUUCAUCAACAACUUCGGCCAGGUGCCCUCGCAGAUCUUCAAGAAACCGCAUCCGGUCAAGAAAGUGGCCGCCGGUCGCCAGGAUCUCGUCUUCCACAACGUCGCCCGGCUGCAGCCGGUCCUCUUGGCCGGCAAAGAGCUGCGCAGUCCGGUGGGGCACAUUGUGUCGCUGGAGAAGUCCUGCCUGCCGAUGGAGCAGAACAAGGCGCCGAUCCCUCCACACUACUCGCGCUACUUAGCCUGGGGCUUCCCCGACCACAGUCUGCGCAUCUGCAGCUUCGAGGCCGACCGCCCGCUAGCCGUCUUCGAGCUGCGCGACGAGGACGAGGUGCUGUGCGCGGUGUGCCCCAGCGCCGACGUGUAUUUAGUCGCCGGGAUGAGCGGCGUCAUCGGCGUGUACACGCUGGCGCGCCGCCGCCGCCUGAUCCUCAACAAACACCUGUACGGCCACUACGAGCCGGUGACGUGCCUGGCCGCCAGCGCCGUCUACUCCCUGGCCAUCAGCGGCUCCAAGGACCGCACCUGCAUCGUCUGGAAUCUCCAGGGACUGACCUUUCUCCGCCAGCUGCGCGGACAUCCCUUGACCGUCUCCGCCGUGGCCAUCAACGAUCUCACCGGCGACAUGGCCAGCGCGGCCGGGACGUUCCUCUUCUACUGGGACAUCAACGGGCAGCUGCUGGCCAAGCUGGACGUGUCCGGCGGGCAGGCGCUGGCCAGCGAGCAGAUCCUGUGCGUGGCCUUCAGCCAGGCCAGCGAGUGGGACCCCGCCAACGUCCUCGUCACCGGCGGCAACGACGGCCUGCUGCGCCUGUGGUCCGAGGAGCUCGUCCCGGCCUGCCACCUCCCGCCGGACCCCGCCGACGCCCCGGACCGCCUCUCCGUCGACCCCGGGCGCCGCGACAGCGAGGAGGAGGACGAGGAGGCCGACGUCCGCGAUCCGGUGGUCAGUCUGCGUCGGCUGAGCAUCCACGGGAGCGUCAGUGCGGCGGCCAUGGGCGGGCGCGCGGGCCCCCUCCAGCCGCAGGACACGGAGGAGCUGCCCUCGCCCGUCAAGGACGACUCCCCGCUGGCCGCGGAGCCCCCGCCGCCCUCCCCUCUCCCGCAGAUGUUGGCGCACGACAUCGCGGUGCUGCACCAGGCGCUGCACGACCACCUGCCGCCCCCCGGGGGGCGCGCCGUGUCCCCCGCCCCGCCCGCCAUCGUGCUGGAGGCCCCGCGGCCCGACCAGCUGCAGCGGCGCCUGACGCUGCGGGCCACGCUCAACAUCCCGCUGGCGCUGAGCCGGAAGGGGCCCGGCAGCGGGGGCGGGGCCCCCAAGGGCGGCCAGGUGUCGGUGACGGCGGUGGCCUUCAGUCGCGAUCACAAGGCGUUGUACGUCGGCGAUUCCGCGGGCCGCGUCAGCGCCUGGCUCACCGGCUGAUCCAAACGGGAGUUAUCGGGAUUUUCCGGAUGGAAUUGUAAUUAUUCAGCGCCCGGCUCAACGGCGGAAUUUUAGCGGGAUUUUUCGGGAGAAAUUAUAAUUAUUAUUUGACUCGGUUGGGUGAUGUUGAAGGGUCUUGAUUUCGUGGCGAUCUCAGUGAUUUCUCAGCGGGGCUUCGUUUUCUGCGCUGUCUUUUGUCGUGUCCGGUGACUCGUUGAGUGAAUGUUAUGUGCGCGUUGCUUGUUGUCGUUACUCGUUAGUCGUCGGUUGUCCUCUUGCCCGGUGUCCAGUCCGUCGAUAUUCAUUUUAUGCUGUUUUUUUUCCGUGUUAGACACCGCGUUUUAUGCCACUGUAAAGUUCCAAUCAAUAAAA